CGCAAACUGGGUUGUGUAGUGUUGACUGGCCGCCCUUCUUAUCCUCUUGGGUAUAUAUGAAUCUCCCUCUAGUUUUGUUUCACGGCAAAAUAACACUAUCAACUACUACCAGCUACUGGGAUAAAAGAAGUUAUGUUUAUUCAUAAAAUGCUGUUGACCUAAAAAGAAAGAACAAAAACAAAAGCAGUAUUUAACUUUAGUGAGAGUGUUAGAUCAUAUUCAGAUCGAAAAUGCAUCGGAUUGCAAUAUCAACUACAAGGCCUUGGCUGUGCAGCUGCUCCUGUAACUUGCAAGUCUUUGAUCUCACAAUGCAAAAUACAGUUGUCAGGUAUGGCACUUUCUCAAGGCAGCGAUUACUUGUAAGCAACUCCUACUUUGUCAUCAAUCCCUCAUGGAAAGGCAUUGAACUCAACAGGACAAAUGUGCGUUGUAUGUCUACAUCAAGACAACCUCCUGACUCCCAAGAUCCAAAGAAAGAUGUGCGCAGCUCAGAUGCCAACAGGCUGAGAAAGGAAGAUAUGAAUAAUAACAAAUUUAAGUUUGAGAAGGUUUUUAGCCUCAUUUAUGAAAAGGGACAUCAAUUUCAAUCUUAUGGAGAUACUUUAAAACAGAAGAUGGAGACAAGCAAGGCUUUAUUGACCUCAAAAAUAGAAAGAAAGGAGGGAGAGAAAUGGAAAGAUACAUUUAACCGGUGGUAUGAAAAUUAUCAAGAUUUCGUUGGAAUUACCGACCUUAAAAAAGCUCAGGACAAAGUCACUGAGUUAUCAGAAACUCUUCUGGAGACGCAGAGCAAAAGGAGAGAAUUUCAAGUUGAAAUUGAGAAACUUCAGGAGAACCUCAUCAUCAAUCAGCAGCGUAUUACUAAGACGGAGCUCUACUCAGAUGAGCAUUACACACUAUUUGAUGAGGCUAGAGAGAUGAAUGCAAGUUUAAAGACACUGCGUGGGGAAUUUCAAAUAUGUGAGCGCUUAGAACGAGAUACCUUUAGCCAGCUCUCAGCUGCUAUCCGUGACUGUCAUGAAAGAGAACGGUUUCAGGCGGAACAGAGCAAGUAUUGGUCAAUUAUUGCAUCAUUGGUAUCAGCAGCUCUUGCAUCGAUCAUCACGUCCAUCAAUAAUUGGGUGAGAAUCCGGGAAGUGAAGGAGCAUGUAAGCACCAACAGCAAACAGCUGAUGGCUGGGUAUAUUCAGUUGCACAGUGAUGUUAUCAGUAGCAUCUCAGAAAAGCUGAAUACUGCUAGCACCAUAACCACUGAUGAUAAGAGCAACCAAACAGAUAUUCCAAGAGCACAGUCUAGUACUACUCAAAGCAAGACAGUUGUUCAUCAAGCAUCUGAAAAACAAAGUUCCCAAAGUGCAUUUAAAAAUGAACUGGCACAUUUAACAAAUUCAGUUGGCAGUGUUAAAAAAGACAUAGACAAGCUAAUAACAGAUGUUGGGUCACUGAAAGAGAGCAUGUCUGCAUUAAUCAAGGCUGAAGAACAAACCAUUAAGAGUCAUGUUGCCUCUCUCUUGUCUAAAGAAAGGAAGCUUCUUUCCAAACAGAUAAACUCUCAGUUAGAAUCAGUAUUUGCUAAGGUAUUUCUGACAUCAGAAAAUAAUGGGGGGGAAACACUGUUAAUAGACGAAGAAUCCAGGAAUUCCCUUCCUCUUACUUUAGAUGACCGAGGAAAGCCAGAAAUAUAUGUUGUUGAGUAUAGCUACUAUCAAAUUUUUACAUUUAUGGCAGUUGGAGCAGGUAUAGGGAUGUCAUUUGCAGCUAUUCUGUCUAAAUUGUUUUCAAAUGGGUAAAAUGUAUGUUAUUCUUUAUUCUUUAUGCUGGGUGGUAUGUGUAGGUGCCAUUAAAUAAAUUAGUAAUAUAGCAGAUCUUGACCGAAUUCCAGGCAGACUUUAUAUGAUAUCCAGAUUCUUUUGGCAUGGGAAUUUUAUCAGUGAAUUAAACCCCCUGUCUCAUAAAUGUAUGAGUGUGGGAAUAAGUGUGAGGUGAGGGUUUAUGUUAGUGCUUGUAAACAUAUGCAUGUAUAAUAUAAUGUGUAUAUACCGAAUACAUACAUACACAAUAAUGUGUUUCAAUAUUACUCUUAAAAAUUUAUCAGAAAGUAAUGCAUUUAUAUUCCUAUAAGCAGAUAGUCUAGUCACUGUAUUCCUCUGAGUCAUCAGAUAAAACGGAAUUAAAUAUAAGUUGGUGAUAUCAUCCAUCCAGUUAUACUAAUUUACAGUCUUUACUGUUAUAGUGGAGAAGUAUGACUUUUAGUAAUGGUGACUACAUAAAUAGAUGUCCAGUGCAUGAGGGGUAUGUCAGGCAAAGACUUACAUAAUUAUAAUGGUGAAAUUAUAUUGUAGAAUUUACAGUAGGUUUAGUAGAAAGUAAUAGAUAAUACACUUUUUUUUGGAUGUUAUCACAUCCAGACUUUUAUAAAAAGAAAUCUUGUAUUACAUUUUUAUAUAUACAUGUUUUAUUCCUUAUAUAAUGGGGAAAUAAAUAUAGAGUCAAUG